CAUGAGGCUGUUCGCAGUGAUUUUCUGGCUAGGCUGGGCUUUUUGCCUGGCGAGAGCCAAGAGCCCGACUCCCGAGACGGGCAGGCUGAUAGCCUCCCUCCAAGCAGCUCCGGCUCCGGCGCCAGCACAAAGUGUGAUCUACAAGCUGCCACCGCAGCACUAUUACCCGCCACCUCCGCCUCCUAUACAACACUUGCCGCAGCACUGCAAUUGUCCACCGGGACCACCAGGACCUCCGGGACCUCCUGGCUUGCCAGGAGUUCCGGGCCAACAGGGUCCCAAGGGGCCCAGCGGAGCUAAGGGUGAACGAGGCGAGAAGGGAGAGCGUGGUCAUUACGGUUUACCGGGAUCUCCGGGACAACCGGGACCCAUGGGACCACCAGGAAUUCCCGGACCACCUGGUCACAAAUCGAGAAAUGAUCACCACGAUCACGAUCAUGGUCAUGAUCAUCAUCACCAUCACCACCACCCACACCCACACCCACCUCCGCCUCCUCCUCCACCGCCGCCGCCGCCUCCUCCACCGCAUCAUCACCACCACCCGCACCCACCCAUUAUUCCACCUCCAAUUAUAGUUCCCAUUCCAAUCCCAGCCCCUCAGAAGGGUGGUCACCAUCAUCAUCACAAAGGAUCCGAUGGCCCUCCCGGACCACCAGGUCCACCAGGAACGGGACCUCCUGGACCACCAGGACCACCAGGCACAACGUAUCCCCCUCCUCCUCCCCCACCUCCAUACCCACCGUAUCCGUACCCACCAGGACCCUACCCAGGACCAGGAGGACAAAUCCCUUGGAUUCCCGUCCCAGUGCCUGUGCCCUGGCCUUCGAAGGGACACAAGGGAGACAAGGGGCACAAGGGCGGACACAAGGGAGACAAGGGCGGACACCACCAUCACUACUAUCCACCAGGACACAACAAGGGUGGUCAUUAUCCGUAUCCACCCCAUAAUGGUGGACAUGGCGGACAUGGUGGACAUGGCGGACAUGGCGGUCAUGGCGAACAUGGCGGACAUGGCGGACAUGGCGGACAUGGCGGUCAUGGCGAACAUGGCGGACAUGGAGGCCACAAUCAUCCAGGCCACAAUCAUCCAGGCCACAGUCAUCCAGGCCACAAUCAUCCAGGCCACAAUCAUCCAGGCCACAAUCAUCCAGGCCACAAUCAUCCAGGCCACAAUCAUCCAGGCCCAUACCCGCCACCUUACCCGCCGCAUGGUGGAGACAAGGGUCAUCAUCACCAUCACCAUCCCUCCCACAAUCACGGAGGUGGAAAUGACGGGCACAACCACCAUCAUCCCUCUCACAAUAACGGAGGGCAGGGGCACCAUCAUCAUCCCUCGCACAACCACGGAGGUGGAAAUGACGGGCACAACCAUCAUCAUCCCUCUCACAAUAAUGGGGGGCAUAACCAUAAUCCCUCCCACAAUCACGGAGGUGGACAUGACGGCCACAACCAUCAUCCCCCCUCUCACAAUACCGGAGGGCACAACCAUCCUCCCUCGCACAAUAGCCCUCCCUCCCAUCACAAUGGAAACGGAGGACACAACCAUCACCAGCCAAAUCCCAAUGAGCCGGGGGGCAGUGGUGAACAAAGCCCCCGUGAUGAUCUAGACUUGCUGGAUGAAGAUGUAGAGAUCGUCGAGAACAUAAUAGAUGAUAAUGACUUUAUGGAGGGCGCGGAAGAAACACCGUCCGAAAAUUCAGAUUCCGAGACUGAACUUGAGGAUGCGGGCUAUGUUGGCUAUGUAGACAACACAGUGGAAGUUAUGGAAACUCCUGUUUACGCUGAAGAAGCAAAUGAGGAGGAUCCAAAUUUGAGUGCUGAAAACAAUGUAGAACCAGACGAAGAACCAGAAGAAGCCGUAGAAGACGAACCUGUAAUGGAGGAUCAGAUGGACAUGGAAAUUGUAAUGGAGGAUAACCAGUCUUUCGAUGGUGAUGCAAUCGAGGAGCGAACCAACAAAGGUCCAAUUAUCCUGGCCAUUGGAACUCCCAGAAAUCCAUUUCACAUUUAUGCCUAUGAACAGUAUAACACAUAAACAA